AUGAAGGCAGCUAAAAGGUGGAGCGUAAGAAACCUAGCGUCAUUACCUGGAGCUCGCCACCGUGUUCCAACAAGAAGACGACUAUGGAUCAUCAUGGCGCUUUCACUGAUCAUCAUGACGCUUUCACUGAUCACAAUGUUGGCUAUAAUGGCUUACAUGUACCCUCAAAACAGAAAACGUGCUUGUUAUAUGGUUUCUUCAAGGGGAUGCAAGGCUUUAUCUGACUGGCUUCCACCUCUUCCAAGGGAGUAUUCAGAUGAUGAGAUUGCUGCAAGAGUAGUGAUUAGAGAAAUAAUGAGUAAUGUUCCUGUUAUAAGAAGGGAUCCCAAGAUAGCAUUCAUGUUCUUGACGCCUGGUCCAUUGCCUUUUGAGAGGCUUUGGGAAAGAUUUUUCCAGGUACAUUUUUGUUCUAAAAAACAAAUUUAUUCUUCAGAAACGCUGUCAGCUUCCUUUGGUAAUUGUGACACUUGA